AGCAGCCAGUGCUUUUGAGCAUGUGCGUUAGUGCCUCUCUCUCCCUCUCUCUCACAACACGGAACAAUUUCCUCUCCUCCCCGCACAUCUGGGUUUAAGAAGAAAGAGGUCCUGCUCACAAAACACAGGAGACGAGACCCCCGGCACCUCCAGUAUCUUAUCUCGUGCAAGGGAUGUAAGGGCAGAAAAAGACUCUCCUACUAUGGCGGAGAAGUGGGCCAAUGGACACUCUUCUUCAAUAUUAUGUUUGAACGUGAACAAAGAUGGUCUGUUAGCUUCAGGAGCAGAAGGAGGGGAGCUAACCAUCUGGAGUGAGGAAGGGACUCCAUUAGAGCACACACUUCUCCAGAAAUCUGAUGAUGUCACCAGUGUUGUGUUUUCUCCCACCUGUUCCAAAAGACUAUAUGCUUCUCAUGGAGAGACUGUUAGCAUUUUGGAUACUAGGUGUCUCAAAGAGCCAGUUGAACAUUUCCAUGUAAAUGAUGAAGAGAUCAAUUGUCUUUCAGUAAAUGAAACAGAUAGUUUAUUAGGUGCUGCCGAUGAUUCUGGAGUAAUAAAGAUAAUUGAUCUGGAAAGCAAGAAGUUAAGCCGCUGCCUUAGACGACACUCAAAUAUUUGUGCAUCAGUUGUGUUUCGUCCUCAAAGACCUCAAAGCCUUCUUUCAUGUGGUCUGGAUAUGAAGGUUAUGAUGUGGAACUUGCAGAAAGCUCGCCCUCUGUGGAUUGUGGACUUGCAAGAGGAGGAAGUCAAUGAACAUUCGACUGGUCAGCUUUUUAACCCUCCAUUGGCCCAUUCCUUGUCUGUUUCUGCUUGUGGCAAUGUUUUUGGCUGUGGAGCUGAAGAUGGUAAAAUCAGAAUCUUUAGGGUAACAGGUACCAAGUUUGAGCAGGAGGCAGCAUUUAAGGGCCACUCCUUAGCAGUGUCACAGAUUUUCUUUCUACCAGAAGCCUACCGGUUCAUUACAGGAGGAAAUGAUGGCCGAGUGUUGUUGUGGGAUGUCAGCAAUGAACUAGGAAAACAGAAGAGUCCAGUCAAAUCCAUCCACAGAAGGAGAACUAGGAUGCCCAACACCACCAAGAAACUUGACAAAAUAAAUGCAGAGUGUUCAAAUGAGCGUGUGGCAAUUUUACCAAAACUAACGAUUGAACAUGGAGAGAAGGUGAACUGGAUUUCAUGUGCAGAGAUUAAAGGCUCUAGAAGAAUACUGGUUGCUGAUCAGAGUACCAGUAUAUCAGUCUAUCCUAUUGCUGAAGCUUAGACAUGCCUUGGCCUAACCGUUUGUCUGAUACACCACCUUUAUUACCCCUAAUGUGUUUUAAACCAACUGCAGCUUUUCUGUAUAUUGCUAAAAAUAUUUAUUUUAGCAGUGGAUAAAGUUUAAUUCAUUGUAUCAGUAAUGGGAUAUCUUGUGAUAAACCAGGUAUUAACUUGCUGAUGAGUUUGAAAUAAAAUUCAGUUGUGAAUGUGUGAAUAACUUUUUGACAGGAGGAAAAAAUUGCAUAUUGGUACAUGCUAUUGUAAAUUCCAAUGCCAUCAGAAGACUUUCAAAAGAUCCCUUCAUGCACACUUAAGCCAGCUGAACUACAUCUACCCAGUAUUUGGAUUUGAGCUUUAAUGUAUAAUUUAUCCAUGAGUAUGCCUGAAUUUCUCCAUGGUGGAUCCUAGAAGUUGUAUUUUCCUCUAUUGUGGUUCAAAAGCAAAAAGCUGAUUCCAAGGAAUCCUUGUCUUAAAUUAUGCAGCACAAUCUAGGUUUCUUCUAUGAAGAAAUCAAACAUGAGUUCCUAAUUAAUUUUUUCAACCAAUUGUUACAUACUGUUGCUAUCAUAAAAUGUUAUCAAUAUGCCCAGGUUUAGAUACUUCUGCCUAGUUUAUUUACAUUAAUAUUCUUUUGCUGUUAUUAAAUCACAACUUACAAUUUACUUUUACUACACAAACUGAAAAUGUAAGUUUUAAAAGAAAAAACCGAUAUGCUAGUUUUUCUGCCAAUAAAAGCAACUUUCCUUUUAUCAGGGAAGUAUUUCUUUCA